GGUCCCUGCCCGGGAUGUCCCCAUGGCGAUGCAGUGGCAGCUGUGUGUGUGCAGCCUGGGGAUCUUCCUCUUGGCGUCAUGUUCUCUCUCUGAGAAGUUCUCCCUGGCUGGCUCCCCACGCCCCGUGGUGGGGGUAGUUGGCCAGGAUGUGGUGUUACCCUGCCAGCUCUCACCCCCAGUCCGGCUGCCCAGCAUGGAAGUGCUGUGGAGGAAAAUUGGAACAGUAUUUAUCACGGUUCACAAGUACUCGGAUGAGGGUUCUCAGGACCUGCCGGGGAAGAGUUACCAGAACCGGACGGAGCUGUUCCCACAGGAGUUCAGCAGCGGGAACGUCUCCCUGAAGCUGAAAGGGCUCCAAGGGGCAGAUGCUGGGACAUACCAUUGCUUUGUGAGGAACCCAGAAUGGAGCCAGGAAGCCACCACUGAGUUACGGGUCGCAGCAGUGGCUCCCGUGUUCAUUGAGGUGCUGGGCCCCCAGGACCAGGGGAUUGGGCUGGCCUGUAGAACCGCAGGCUGGUUCCCCAAACCCAAACUCCAGUGGGUUGGAAAGAACGGGCAGAACCUGGCGAUGGAGAUUGUGACCGAUGUGACUCAGGACAGGGAGAACCUAUAUAGUGUUGUGAGUCACGUCACUGUCACAGAAGGGGAAGACAAUGGAGACAUCAGCUGCAUAGUGCGGAAUGGCCUGCUGGAGACUGAGCGACAAUCGGCCAUUCACCUCUCACGUGACAUCUUCCCCCGUGUUUCUCCCUGGCUGGCUGCAUUCUGGGUAUUGUUCACUCUGGUUCUCAUUGCUACUGGAGCUUGUGCAUAUCUUGGAUACGCAGCGAAGAAAAAGGCCUCUCAGAAGAAACUCUCCAAAGAAGAGGCUCUGUUAAAUCUUGAGACUGAGAAGAGGACCUGGGAAGCAGCAUGUCAGGACCUGAAUGAGGAGCUUGAAGCUCAGAAGAAGGCCUUUGAAACAGAAUCCCAGGAGCAGCGUCAGAAGAUUGAGACGGAGAAGAGGAAGAACAAGGAGCUGGAAUCAGAACUCAAGGUGCAGCGUAAGAAUCUUGAGACUGAGAAGGAUAAGAACAUGCGGCUGGAAUCAGAACUCAAGGUGCAGAGUAAGAAUCUUGAGACGGAGAAGAGGAAGAACAAGGAGCUGGAAUCAGAACUCAAGGUGCAGAAUGAGAAGAUUGUGUGCCAGAAGCUGCAUCAGAGGCUUGGGUCUCAGCAGGAAUAG